UCGCCAGCCUCGCCUCUCUCGCAUCCUCGCCGGGUGCACCCCAGACAGCCCCGGCUGCCUGGGCUCUGGACGGUGGGAAGCCUGAGCCGAAUACUGGGGCCAAAAGGACGAGGGCACGAAGCUCCCGCCCCGCAAGGCCGGGCUCCUGCACCCCGAGGAACCUCCCCUUCUGCGCUCGCAGCGGUGCGUUCCACUCCCGGCCAGGCAGGGAGCUGCGAUGCCUCGCUCCGAGUCCGCGGGCGUCGGCGGGGGCUUCUAGGGCGCUCCCAGAGCCGCCUCCCCUCGCUGCUGGCACCCCGAGCUUCCUCCUUCGCCAGCCAAGACGCUGCCGCUUCGACUUUGCCCGCUGCUCAGCUGAAGAGGCUGCAAAGCUGCAAACAAGUGGAGUUGGCCUCCCUGCCCACCUGUGGAAGAACCUCGCGCUGGCUGGUGCGCCAUCGACUUUUCCCCCUUUCGGCCUCGCCGGCGUCCCCUCCCACAGAUGCAGCAUCACCCAGUGAAUGUAACAUUAGGCUGGUUUUUCCCCCUGGCUUCAGGCUUUGUUUGGGUUUGAUUGUGUUUGGCUCCUUGCUAAGCUGAUUUAUGCAGCAGAAGCCCCAUCAGCUAGAGAGAAACAAAAGCUCUUUUCUUUGUCCCAGAGCUAGUUGCGAAGCCUUUGCUGGCGUCGCCGCCUUGGGCCAUUGGCCGUCGAAGGAGGUGCUUCUCGCGGAGAUUGCAGGAACGGCCGUGCUGCGCUGGGAGGGCCGUGAGGGCCCUGAGAUGCCAAGCGGUGCCUGGGCCAGCGUACCUGCACCGCUUGCUCCGAGCCACAGUGCUCGCCUGCCGUGCCUGCGGAAACGUCCUAGCGACACUUGGCCCGCGGGCCCCAGAGGUGCCCCCGGGAGGCGCGAGGGCGCAUCCGGAUAGCAGCCACUCGGCGGGCGCGCUGUGGGCUGCUUUGCAUUAUGAGCUGCUCGGUCCUGGCUUUUUUUACUGCCGCAUUUUUCUGUCUGCAAAACUGCCGGCCAGGUCCUGUCCCAUUCCUCCGGGCGGCCUGGAUGUUUUCAGUUGUUGUUGGACUGGUCCAAAGUGAAGCCAAUAGAUGUGCAUCUUCAAACGCAGCAUCCUGCACCAAGUGUCUUGCGCUGGGUCCAGAAUGCGGAUGGUGUGCUCAAGAGGAUUUCAUUUCAGGUGGAUCAAGGAGUGAACGUUGUGACACUGUUUCCAAUUUAAUAAGCAAAGGCUGCUCAGUUGAUUCUAUAGAAUGCCCAUCUGUGCAUGUAAUACCAAGUGAAAAUGAAAUUAAUACCCAAGUGACACCAGGAGAAGUGCUGAUCCAGCUGCGCCCAGGAGCUGAAGCUAAUUUUAUGCUGAAAAUUCAUCCUCUGAAGAAAUAUCCCGUGGAUCUUUAUUAUCUGGUUGAUGUCUCUGCAUCAAUGCAUAAUAAUAUUGAAAAAUUAAAUUCCGUUGGAAAUGAUUUAUCUAGAAAAAUGGCAUUUUUCUCCCAUGACUUCCGCCUUGGGUUUGGCUCAUACGUUGAUAAAACAGUGUCACCGUACAUUAGCAUCCACCCAGAAAGGAUUCAUAAUCAAUGCAGUGACUAUAAUUUAGACUGUAUGCCUCCCCAUGGAUACAUCCAUGUGCUAUCUUUGACGGAGAACAUCACUGAGUUUGAAAAAGCGGUUCAUAGACAGAAGAUCUCUGGCAACAUAGAUACACCUGAAGGAGGUUUUGAUGCCAUGCUUCAGGCAGCUGUCUGUGAGAGUCAUAUUGGAUGGCGAAAAGAAGCUAAAAGAUUGCUGCUGGUGAUGACAGAUCAGACAUCGCAUCUUGCUCUUGAUAGCAAAUUGGCAGGCAUAGUGGUGCCAAAUGACGGAAAUUGCCAUCUGAAAAACAAUGUCUACAUCAGAUCAACAAGCAUGGAACAUCCCUCACUAGGCCAACUUUCAGAAAAGCUAAUAAACAACAAUAUUAAUGUCAUCUUUGCAGUUCAAGGAAAGCAGUUUCAUUGGUAUAAGGACCUUCUACCCCUCUUGCCUGGAACCAUUGCUGGUGAAAUAGAAUCAAAGGCUGCAAACCUCAAUAAUUUGGUAGUGGAAGCCUAUCAGAAACUCAUUUCAGAAGUGAAAGUUCAGGUGGAAAACCAUGUAAAUGGUGUCUAUUUUAACAUCACUGCCACUUGUCCAGAUGGGACCAGAAAGCCAGGCACAGACGGAUGCAGAAAUGUGACAAGCAAUGACCAAGUUCUUUUCAAUAUAACAGUUACAAUGAAAAAAUGUGAUAUCACAGGAAAAAGCUAUGCAAUAAUCAAACCGAUUGGUUUCAAUGAAACCACUAAAAUUCAUAUAUACAAAAACUGCAGCUGUCAGUGUGAUGUACCUAAAAGAAAGUGUGUAGAUGAAACUUUCCUAGAUGCCAAUUGUUUCCAGUGUGAUGAGAAUAAAUGUCACUUUGAUGAAGAUCAGUUUCCUUCUGAGAACUGCAAGUCACAUAAGGAUCAGCCUGUUUGCAGUGGUCGAGGAGUCUGUAUUUGUGGGAAAUGUUUAUGUCAUAAAAUUAAGCUUGGAAAAGUGUACGGAAAAUACUGUGAAAAGGAUGACUUUUCUUGUCCAUAUCACCAUGGAAAUCUGUGUGCUGGGCAUGGAGAGUGUGAAGCAGGCAGGUGCCAGUGCUUCCCUGACUGGGAAGGGGAUCGGUGCCAGUGCCCAUCAGCAUCAGCCCAGCACUGUGUCAAUCCAAAGGGCCAAGUGUGUAGUGGAAGAGGCACAUGUGUAUGUGGCAGGUGUGAGUGCACGGAUCCCAGGAGCAUUGGCCGCUUCUGUGAACAUUGUCCCACGUGUCACACAGCCUGCACUGAAAACUGGAAUUGUAUACAAUGCCUUCACCCUCACAACACGUCUCAAGCUAUACUGGAUCAGUGUAAAACCUCAUGUGCUAUCAUGGAACAGCAUUAUUUGGACCAAACAUCAGAAUGUCUCUCUAGCCCAAGCUACUUGAGAAUAUUUUUCAUCAUCUUCAUAGUUACAUUCUUGAUUGGGUUGCUUAAAGUCCUUAUCAUCAGACAGGUGAUACUACAAUGGAAUAGUAAUAAAAUUAAGUCCUCUGCAGAUUACAGGGUGUCAGCCUCAAAAAAGGACAAGUUGAUUCUGCAAAGUGUUUGCACAAGAGCAGUAACGUAUCGACGUGAGAAACCUGAAGAAAUAAAAAUGGAUAUCAGCAAAUUAAAUGCUCAUGAAACUUUCAGGUGCAACUUCUAAAAAGAUAAAAAGUACUUAAUGGGAAACUGGAUUUUUAAUAAUUGCUCCUAAAAAUUGUAAUUUUAGAAGUCACAGGAGGAGACAAAUUAUUCUAAAUCACACCAGUUGCUGGUUGUCCUCAAAGACUGACAAGCAUCCUCAUCAUAAUGUGACUCAUAUUGCUGCUGAAAUUUUCAGAGAAAAAUGUGUCUUACUACUGUUUGAGACUAGUGUCAUUGUAGCACUUUACUGUAAUAUAUAACUUAUUUAGAUCAGCAUAGAAUGUAGAUCAUCUGAAGAGCACUGAUUACACUUUACAGGUACCUGCCAUUCCUAUAUUUCCCAGAGAGAAACAAUGCUGUGACAUCGUUUUGGCAUUGUGUCACUACAAGGGUACAGUAAGCCCUGCACCUAUGAACAUGCAGAUGAAAAAAUAAGACAGUUUAAUGUUGCCAAACACUUCAACAACUGGCAAUGAAUAGAGAAGAACAGCUAGACAAAUAAAUGGUUGGUGUUUCACUCAUUCAAGAGGUGAACAGACAAAAUCUUAAUACUGAGGGAUAUUGCUUCUGAAACUGUACUUUUAUGCAUGUGUUUUAUGUUUUCUUCUUUUUACAAGAUGGAUACUAAUUCCAACAUUCUCUCCUCUUUGCCCUUCCUUAUAUUUUGGUUUUCUUUCUUACAGGAUAAGUUUAUGUAUGUCACAGAUGACUGGAUUAAAUAAGUACUAAGUUACUACUGCCAUAAAAACCUAAUAAUACAAUGUCACUUUAUUAGAAUUAGUCCAAAAGCUGAAUGCUUAAUAAGGGACACUGUAGAGUAAAAUCAAAACCUGAAUGGCUUCAUUGGAGUUUUAUAUCUUCUUGCCUGGUAAACUGGAUGGAUUGUUUCAUUAUUUCAUCUAACCAUCAGGUUGAAGUUCACAAGAUAUUUAGAAACUCUGCCUUAAGUAAAAUGUCACACUUUUGAGUUUUCUCAGAUAUUUACUCUAAGUAGAUGUUAGCACUGUUCAAAUUAAAAGCUAUGUUAAGCUAUAUUAUUUUUGCCCUUCAAUGCAGCCUAAGGACAUUCUUUCUCUGAAUCACCUCUACCCCACUCAUUAAAAUUCUAAAAGUAUACAAUUAGAAGAGGACGACAAUAUUUUGGAAAUAAGCUAAUUCACAUUUUCAGUUAGUCAGGGAACCAAGGCUCAGAAAGUUUAAAUGCUUUCUUUAAAAUCACCCAAGUGAUUAUGUGGCAGCAUUUGAAAAGAACUUGUAUCUUCUUGUCAGGCCAGUGUUCAUCACACAAUAUCAUGCUACCUCUUAAAUCUUUAAAAUAUUCAAUUAGGAAGUAUUUUUUUAAAUGUGAUUUACUGAACUCUUAAGUAUUUGGGCAUAAGAGAAUUUCAAAGCAAAGCAGAAAACAGUAAUUUGAACUCACUGUUCAUGAUUGGCUUCUAAGAAACUACAGCACUGCCUAACUGCAGGAAAAUCCAUUCACAUGUAGCCUUUGUGAAUAGCACCCCCUGGAGUUGUUCAGGGCUUGGCACAAGAGCUUGAUACAGAGGCCAUGAGCUUUCAUCACCUCCAGUGGAAACUUCUUCACAAUUACCAUAUUCCUACAGACUUAUUCAGUCUGAUUUUAUUGGCUGCAAGACCACUGGUCCUAUAUACAGUACAUAGUUUUGCCUAUGACAACAGAGGAAUUAAUUUAAAAUGUCUUAUAAAUUAACUUCCCAGAUUUUGUCUUCCAGCACUUGAUUUAAUAAAAAUGCCAGGUAUCUGCAUUUCAAUGAAUACUAGCCACUACCCCAUAUUCUACUCUACAGAGUAUUUAAGAACAUAUACAGUUGAUCUUUGAACAACACAGAGUCUAGAGGCACUAACCCCUAUGCAGUCAAAAUUAUAACUUUUGACCCUCCCAAAACUACAAAUGGCCUGCUAUUGACCUUACUGAUAACACAGUUGAUUAACACAUCUUUUAUAUGUUAUAUGUGUUAUAUAUUGUAUUCUCCAAUAAAAUAAGCUACAGAAAAUGUUUUAUCAAAUUGUUGCAAAUCUCAAAAAAUUUUCCAAUAUAUUUAUUGAAAAAAACCUAUGUAUAAGUGGGCCCCUGCAGUUCAAACCCAUGUCGUUCAAGGGUCAACUGUAGUAAGUUGUUUUGGAGACAACAAACACAGCAGCUCCAUUAGCCGUCCUUUACAGCCAAGCAAUUAUGACGCUAAGUUGAACUGUAUUUCCUUUCUCAAAUGAGAGACUGGGGACAUUGACCUAAUUCAGUACUGUGACUUACUUGUAUAAGAUACCUUUGAUUACUAAGAAUAAUGUAAACAUUGUAUUUUGCAGCUGCCUGUCACACACAACAGCCUUUUUUAAAAGCAAGUGGAAACCUGACAGCCCUCCAAAAGGAGAAAAAAACACAAAAAAUCCAUUCAUUAAAAUGCUGACAAUUUAAAAACUGAACAUUAUGAUGUUCAUAAACUAAUUUCAUGCAGAAUGAAUUAUCCAAAACAACAUAAUAUAAUGAAAUCCUUCAAAAUCAAGGUUUUAUAUUUUCAAACUGUCACUGUUUUGCACUGAUUUAUAUUGGACCAAGGCUGUUAACACAGGAAGGAACAACCUUCCUGAGAGGCAAUUCAAUACUAAAUGAUGACUGUAGUUAUGCUUGUGAUGGCUUAUGCUUUCAUUUUUUUAAACUAAAGAUCUAAUUCUUUAAGAUUUUAAAGCUUAUAUUUUACUUGAAUAAUUGAAAUUUUCCUGUAAAAUGGCUUAUGAGAAAAGAAUAUUUGACUAGAUAGAAUUAAAAGGUAAGGGAAAACAGGGUAUUCUUAGAUUAAUUUAUGUAAAUAGAGUCUAUUUUCAACUAAUAUGACUACAAGAGCCUUUUGAGAUUCAAUGGUAGUAAGCAAGUAAUGAAAUUUUAAAUGGUUAACAAAGUUAAGAACUUGAACACUUUUGGUACGACCACAUUUCUGUGUGCUACAGUAUGUAAUGAUUUAGAAGUGUGUCAUACAUACACUACAACUGUACGCAUUUUAUUUCCCUGGGGACAUCUUUACACUGCAGUGUACGUGGAUUUAAGCAUUUGUUAUCUUUUUUGGAAAUUUAUUAAUAUUUAUGAAGUUACAGACAUUCUCUACAAGACUCAUUAAAAAUCUGUCUUAAAUGUUUAAUUUUGCUUUGGUUUAUAAAGAUUAAUAUUUUCUAAACAGAAUAGAUUUCUCUGAAGGCAAAUUUUUCAACACUCAAAAUUCAUAUCAGUGGAUGCAUUAAAUGCAACACUUAACUAAAGAAUAAAUUACAAAUUUUUUAAAUAUAUACCUAAUCUUCAUAGAAAAUAUUGUUAUGCAUGACAACAGGCAUCCAUGAGACACUGAAAUAUGAUUAUAAUUGACUAUGAAAAUAUUUCUUCAUAGAAUUAUAUUUCUCCAGGUGCCUGGUAUAGUAAAUUAGACUCAGUAGCUUUUCUUUACUUUCCUUACUCAUUUUUCCCACUAACUUUUCCUUAAAUAUUGCCAUAAAACCUCAAGCUCAAUAAGUAAUUGUGAGAAAUAACUGCAUAUAAUGGCAUAAUGUAGUCCUUAAUGGUUUUUAAAACUUAUUUGGAUCUAUGUACCUGAACCAAGACAGACCCAUUAAAACCUAAGAAUUUAAAAUUUUCACAACUGUUCAUUCAGUUCGAAAGGAUUUUAGAUCUAUAUAUUUUAAUAAAAGUACCAAGUGAAAUAUAGCUAUGUGGGGGUUCAGUCAUGUAUAUACUGUUUUCUGUUUUAUUUACUUUUGACAUUCAUAACUAGCCUAUUUAUAUAGACUUUAAGAACUCCAUUUUAUGCUAAGCAAAAUGAGGUAUAUUUUCAAAGAAAAAUAGACCAGCAUUUUUUCAGAUCAUUGCCCUUUUCUAAUUCCUCUAUGGCAAAUUUAUUAUGGGUAACUGAUUACAUAUGUUCAUAUUUCACUGAUUUUAAGAUAUCUGCUUUUUCAAUUUAAAAUCUUUGAAACUGUGAUGUAUCUUGUAAUUGUUGGCAUCAUAGAUUACAGGGUUUAAAAUUGUACUUGAAUAAAUAUUACACUAAUUCAUCUUUAAAUGUUUAUGGGUAUAGGGACAUUACUUUUCUUGGAAGUAUUUGAAAACCCAUUUAUGACAACAUGCGAGGCUAAUUUUCAGUAUAAUUGAAUCACAUACAACUCAACAUAGAGCCUGAGCUCAGAUCCUGUAGACCUUUCGAUUACAAAACCUCUUUGAACCUCCUGCUUAUACAUUAUACUAGUGGCUAUGUUUCAGCAAAUCUAACUUAACUGACAGGAAUGGAUGGGUUUCUCUCAGUUUUGCUAACAAAUUUUUAUUAUUUCUAUUCCCUUCUAAAAAAAUACUUCAUAUGAUCAUCUCACUUUUACACAAAAUUAACUGGAAAAAUAUUACAUGAAACCAUUAUAAUUAGAUUUUGCAGCAUCUUGUAUGUCUUAUGUCAAUGACAGUAGAAAACUAUGAUACAUCCUAUCAGUGCUUUGGAAAAAAACUUUCAAGUCCUUCUACUUCUUUGUUUGUCUUUACAUAUCUGUUCAUUUAUUUGAUUUUUUUUCUUUGGCUCUGAUAAACUUGCCCUAUGUAAUGACUGUCAUAAAACUGCAUAUUUAAAUUAUUUGAAAUAUAUGAAACAAUUGUUCAGCUAUCUGGGCAGCUGUUAAUGAAAUACUUGAGAGUAAUAACACUACUCUUUUAUCUACCUGGAAUACUUUCCUGCAUAAAAUUUCUCUUUGUAAGCUAACUCUAUUAGUCAGGUUUCUAACCUCUACAACCUACUUUAGUUGAAAUUUUCUAACCUGACAAUAUUAAAAAACAAAAACACUGCAGUCAUAAAAGAUGGAAAAUGUGUGAUUUGUAUAAAGAAACUUUACUAACUUUACACUGUACCAUAGAUAAAUGUGAUUUUGAUAAGAAAUCCCCACAAUGACAAGUAUGGUACAUAGAUUUUAUUUAGAAUAUUGAAGUAUAAAAUAUUUUAAUUCUAAAUUAUAAGAAAAUACAAAUUUGCACAUAUUAAUAUAGAAGUUCAUUUUGUGUAUAUUUAACAUAACUUUAAAACUAUUUUCCAUUUACCAGUUACUCAUUAAAGUUUUUUAAACCACUGCAAAAAAAAUUUUAGAAGUGUUUUUAAAUUAUAAGUAACAUAACCUUAUUUGUAUCAUUUAACAAGUUCUGACUUCAUUUAAAAAAAUUUAAUACAGAGUGUAUUUUUAAAUUAAAAUAUUUGAAUAUAAAAUAGCUCUAAGAAAUAAUUUUUAUUAAACAAGUUUCUUAUUAUUUCUGGCUUUGAAUUAUACAUGAAGUUAAAUUUCCCUAAGUGACAGGAGAUUGGGGAAUGUGGUAAUUUCACAUAAUAUACUUUGAACCUGUUCAUAUAAUUCUGAUUGACUACUAACUUCUGUUUUAUGUAUUUAUUAAAGAUCUGACACUGUAGUUUGUUGUGAGAUGUUUAUUUUUCUAACAGAGCUUAUAACAGUUAUGACAAGGCAUUUAAUUAAUGCAUCAUUCUGUUUAAAAGUAGUUGUUAAUCAGUAUGAAAUUUUAUGUUUUAAAUAAAAAUGUAAAGAUCUAAGAAUGCACAGAAUGCUUCUUUAUUUGCCAUUAUGUGCUACAUAACAUAUGACCCAAGAGCUGCCAGAUGAUAGCACAUGGUCACAGGAGGAAAUGUAAUAACAUCCAUACAUUGUUAUUGGUAGAGGACAUUACAGGAUUCCAAAACACUACUAAUUCUAGAAAAUUGUACAGUCAAUGAUAAAGAUGUGGAGUCAUGAUAACUGCUCUAUUUCUCUUUUCAUAGCUGCCCAACAGUGGAAGCAUAAGAAAGAUCCUAAUUAUUAAGAGCUGAAAAACUAUCUAAAAGAUAAAUUAGGCUUUUGCUACCAGCCAAAAAUUUCUACCAACACUUAUUAGAUACAAAUGUAACACAUUCUCAAAUUUCUCUGCACAUAUUUAAACAACUGAAAUUUAUGGAAUGCACUUGAGUUGUGAUUUUUCUUUCUUUAACCUUGGGAAGAGAGUAAAGAAGAUGAGGGGACAUAUUAACAAGUAGACCAAUUCCCUGUCCUUAAGGCAUUUUAAUAUUUUGAAGGAAAAAAUAUGUGUAGUACACCUAUAAGUAGAAGUUUUGCACAGCAAAAAUCAGAUAGAAGCUAUCAGGAGUUCUCACAAGGCCUUUAUUUUUGAAAAUUCAUCCAAGUUGGAUUUGGGCUGCAGUCUUUUAGGCUUAGGAUCUUGUUCUGUGUUGUUUGACCCUAGUCCUCUCUUCCCACUCUAGCGAUAGGAUCCACCCCCUGAGUUUUGCUGGAGUGUACAGCUGAGACUUUACUAUUCAGAUUAUUUUGCAGCUAAAUAUGGUUAUAGGACUGAAUGUUGGCCAGUGGGAUGGGAGAGGAAAUAAUACAUACAACUCCCAGAUCUCAUGUCCUCUGUCUCUCGUUUGGGACAAGUGGAGUAGCUUGGCGAAAUAAGCCCUGUUCUGAAAUUGACAGUGUUUCCUCUUCAGCCAUCAACUGUUCACCUCAAAACUGAUCGCUGGUAGCAAAACAAUUAUUUUAGCUAAAUCACUGCAUUCUAUACUCUAGAACUAAUGAUACAUUCUUUAUGUAGUUGUCUCACUGAAUUCUCAACAAUACUAACUACAAUUGGCCUAAGUUUUUGAAAUAGGGAAAAAAAAGGCACAGAGAGGUUAAGGACCUUGUAUAAACUCAUGCAG